AUGGCUGGCUCCCACGAUGACCACCGUAACCGACGGCGUGCGAAUGAUGACGGAAUUGGGAGCCACUCUGGACGUCGCGAUGAUUAUCGGAGCUCGCGCACAGAUAGCUCCAGGAGACAGUCGUCUCGCAGUCCGUCCAGCCGGAGUAGCCACCACAGAGGCUAUGAUCGUCGCCGCGGAGAACGGAGGGAUCGUGAUAGGAUCCCUGGCGACGAUGAUCGAAGAAGAGGCCAUCAUCAUUCCCCCGACGACCGUCGACACCGACGCCAUCGCGACCGAGAUACAUACGACGAGAAAGAGAAACCCUCUCGGAGAUAUCGAAGCAAAUCACGCUCUCGUUCCCCAAUGAGACGCUCACGAAGUCCCCGGUCCCGCGAGUUGCAGCGCUCUAAAGACUCCCUUCCGUCUCAACAAGAUGCAUACAAGUCGUCCGAAGUCUCACGAACUGGAGACUCGUCGGCGCCGGCUCCUGAGAAGGAGAAGCCGAAUUUCGGGAACACUGGGCGCCUGGCGGCAGAGAGCAACACCGUGACAGUCAACGGGGAAUCUGUCGUGCUCAAGUAUCAUGAACCUCCCGAGGCGCGCAAACCCCCAGCCAAAGAACCGUGGCGGCUCUACGUUUUCAAGGGUGAGGACCUCCUUGAGAUGGUGGAACUAAAAGAGCGCAGCUGCUGGCUGAUCGGGCGAGACCGAUUGGUGGUGGAUUUUCCCUUGGAUCAUCCCAGUUGCUCUAAACAACAUGCGACUCUACAAUUUCGGUUUGUCGACAAGCGCAAUGAAUACGGGGAUCGCAUCGGCAAAGUGAAGCCUUAUCUGAUUGACCUAGAGAGUGCCAACGGGUCCAGUGUGAACGGAGAUUCCAUUCCGGCUGGACGAUAUGUCGAAUUACGAGACAAGGACGUGCUUAAAUUCGGUCUGAGCAGUCGAGAAUACGUCCUCAUGCUCCCUCCUCCGGAGUAA